AUGAGUUUGAAAGCUAAGCUCGAGGAGGCACUUACCAAGGCUCUUAAACCCACAUUCCUAGAACUAAUCGACCAAAGUGGCGGGUGUGGGCCCUCUUUUGUUAUUAAAAUAGUAUCUAAACAAUUUACUAAUGUUAAAUUGUUGGAGCGGCACCGGAUGGUUAACUCUGCCAUUGCUGAACAUAUGCCGCUCAUACAUUCUGUGUCCAUGAAAUGUAAAACUCCAGAAGAGUUUCAUACAGAGACUCAAAAUAUGUAA